GUCCGCGUUUGCUGACGAGUCAUUAGCUACAAACACGGAAGCCGCAAACGUGAUACGUGGACGAGUAGCUUACUCUACGAACUGGUCAACUGAAAUCAACUGGUCAACUGAAAAUACGUUUUAAUCUGCGCACAAUGGCCGGAAACCGGGCUCCGUCUUGUCAUCUGUGGUUCGAUGACCGGGAGAAAGGCGACAUCCUGAUGCACGACGUGCAUGUGCCUGGCCAUGGGGUCACUCAGUGCACAUAUUACUGCUGCAUGCAGUGGAAUGGGGGCCGCAAUGGCGGAGGGUACUGUGGUAUCCAAGAGCACCCGGAUGGACAGUGCUACAUCUUCUCAAUCUGGGAUCCUACAACAACCAACGAGGCCAUAGAACCGGUUUACAGACAUCCAGGAACCAAGACGGAAAAGUUUGGCGGAGAAGGAACCGGUCUGAAGUCGAUGAAUUUCAGCAUCGGAUGGAAGCCAGAUCAGUGGUACACAUUGGUUGCUAGGAGAUGGGACUACAAAGGACACACCUACUUCGGGUUUUGGGCCCGGGACCAGAUUGCCAACACGUGGUUCCAUCUCGUUUCCAUGGAUUUCCCUGUGUCGGAAAUAUACUUUGAGACACCCACCGUGUGCUUCAUCGAAGACUGGAUUGGCAAUGGGGACAAAUACAGACGCGUCAACUUCAAGAAUGGCUACAAGAGAACGCCCGAUGGUGCCUGGCUGCCCUUCCAGAAGGCGACGUUCAAUGUGCUCCAAGAAGAUGCUUGUAGGUUAUACAACGACAAUUACGAUGGUGGUAUAGACUGUGAUGACUUCUUCAUGCAGACUGGCAAGGGGACCACACCCAAUCCCAUUUUGGCCACUGACAGGCAAUUCCCACGUUCAUCUGCAGCUGAAUCAGAACCGUCCAAUUGUACCACGGACUUUACAAUACAGGAAGUGACGUCAAAGAAAGUCACGUGGUCCGUCCCAGAAUCCUCGACACCUCAGUUUGCGUUCAGGGUUUCUGUUGAUGGCGCGGAAAUAAUUCGUGAUAUUGAUCCCGAAAUAAGAAGUUGUAAAAUUGUAGCCACUCGGAGGUCAGAGGUGAAAGUUAUUUUGGAGGACAUUCUUGGGCGGGAGGUCACGCGGACUGCACGGGUUGAACGUAGAUGUGGUUGCUGUGUAUGUAUGUAGGCUGGAUAUGACAAUGCAUAUAUGUAUAUAUGAACGGUUCGGUUAUCGACGGCGUAUUUGUGUUGGGUUGAUUGUUCAAAAUGUUUUACGAGAAUUUACAUUCCAUGGUUCGUGAAUGUUUAUUUAACAAAAGGGGCAGCUUUGAAAAGGCCACGUACAGAUGAUAUUGAUUCGAGGGGUUUUGUUCUAUUUGAC